GUCCUCGAGCACUGGUGUGCGUGGCCCUUCGCGAUGGCCCCGACGACGACCGGCGCUGGAACGGAUGACCAGGUGAAGAAGAAGACCAAGAGCAUCUCGCACAAGUUGUCUCGUGCGUUGGGCCUCAAAAGCCGCAAGACCAAGAGCAACAACUCAACUCCACAAGAACCAGCCAACUCGGCCAUGCCGACCAACGAACUCGAAAUCGAACGCCUGUUUAGCGAAGCGGUGGAGAACAUGGCGUUGCCGAAAGCUGCCACGGAUCGCAUGCGAACGCUGCCGUUGAGUCAAAAGUGGCAAAUCAUCCAGGACUGGAUGGCGAAACAAAACUCAAAAAGCCACCAUAGCGAGCGCACCCAGCCGGUCUAUUGGGUCCACAAGUUGCAAGAUGCUGUCUGCGAAGACGUCACGACGCUCACGAACGACGACGCACGGCAGCUGCAUGUGCUCAUGCGCGGGUGCGACAAGGAUUGGCUCACGGAGUUUCACAAAGAAGACGGCGUUGUCGCGCUCACGGAAUGGAUGGCGGCCGUGGCGUCGGAAAACCACACGACGCUGCUCCACGAUGCCAUGCGCUGUUUGAAGUGCCUCAUGAAUAACCACCACGGCAUGCAGCUGCUUCUCCAAGAACCCGAAGCAAUCGAAGUGCUCGUCCUGUGCCUCGAUUUCGACACCCCUGACCGACGCGACAUCACGCUCAUGACGCUCGAGAUGCUGUCGCUCAUGUGCUGGUUCUCAGAAACGGGACACAGCGCGGUCCUCCACGCGAUGGAGCGGUAUCGUCGGGCUAACCACGAAAGGUCCCGGUACUGGAGCGUUGUCGAGUGCAUCAAAGACGGGGAAAGCCUUGAGCUCCAGGCGGCGUGCCUCACCUUUAUCAAUACCCUCGUGAGCACAUGCUCGGCGCUGGACGACCGAGUGGAUGUUCGAAAUGACUUUUUAGCAAUGGACCUUCUCGUGGUCUGCCACGCGAUCGAAGCUCAGUACGAUGCCCUCGAACCAACACCGACAACGACGACUUACGGAGCUUGGGGCCAAGGGGAUGCUGAGAAAGCCGCGGCCAAGUCGUUUUUCAAGCAAGUCGAAGUGUUUGAAGGGCUAAUGCAUUCCGACAUGCAAGACACAAUCGCGCACGGCCUUGACCUGGCCAACGUCGACGCUGUGGUGGAUCGACUCAAGCAACGCGCCAAGGCCCAUGGCUGGUCGGACCGGUUGCUCCAUGCAUUGCUCGCGCUGCUCGUCAUUCCGGGUGAAAUCUCGAUCGGAGAAAAGAUGUGGGACAUGGCCGAAGAAGCCUUGAUUCAAAUCACGUCGUGUCAUACAUACAAGGAUCUGUCCACGAAGCGCGUGACGUUUGCCGCAGUCAAGUCGGCGCUCAAGCAAAUCGAAGACUUGGAACAUGCCAAGGCUCAUAACGAGCGGUUGAAGGCGGAAGUGGCCCAACUUCGAGGCAAAUUGAUUGUGCUGCAAGCGCAACCGAUCAGUGCUGAGCAAGAAGCGACACUGGCUAAGAUCGAUGACAGCCACACGUUGACGCAAGAGCUGCAAGCAGCUCUCGCGAAAGUGUCUGCCUUAGAAUCCCAAGUCGCCAAGCUGCAGCAGGACGGCGUCGAUUCUUCUGCACCUGGAACGGACCUCAAACGAAUUUCCUCACUGGCACCAGUGGAACCACCAGCGACAAAAGCGCCAGUUGCAGCCCCAAUGGAUCCCCGCCUCGAGAAAUAUGCCAGGCUGGUCAAGAUGGGCAUGCCCAAGGAACAAGUGGCGAUGAAAAUGAAAGCCGAAGGGAUGGACAUCCGCGACCUGGAUGAUGUCAAGACGGCCGGUGGCGGGCCACCGUCUACAGAGGAGAAAUCCAUGGUUUUGUCUGAGUCAGACGCCGAUCCAGCGUACGAAAAGUUUGCGAGGCUCCUCAAGAUGGGCAUGCCAGUGGAGCAAGUGCAGCUCAAGGCAAAAGCAGAGGGCCUCGAUCCCUCCAAAUUGGCACAACCUAGUCAAGCCCAACAUCCUCCAACCUCUUCGUCGUCGUCUACAGGGCCAACACCUGAUGCCAAAUACGACAAGUUCGUCAAGCUAUUGAAGAUGGGAAUGCCCAAAGACCAGGUGAAGCUGAAAGCCCAGGCAGAAGGUUUGGAUCCGUCGGUGUUGGACACCAUCCUGGCAGCGUCAUCCUGUGGCUCGACUGGCAGCGCUGCGGACGCCCCGCCGCCGGUGCUCCAGUUCACUGGUGCUGCAAAGGUCUCCUCAUCAGGGAAACCACUGGUAUCAUCACCCGCUCCUGUUCCAUCCAAGCUGCCCCCGAAGAAAGCCAUAGUUCCAACCACCAAACUCCGCGGGUUGUACUGGACGGCGUUGCCCGAUGCCGCCGUGGAAGGGUCGAUCUGGGAAAAGAUGGACGAGUCCAAGCUCGGGUUGGAUCUGAGCGGAACAUUGGACAAAGAGUUUGGCCAGGACAGCAACAGCCGCACGGACUCGAUGUCGACCCUUCCACCGCAAGCUGCCGCCAUCAAGCCGAAAGUUGUGCACUUGGUGGACCCGAAGCGGCAGCAAAAUUGCUCCAUCGCUCUCUCUCGCUUUCGCAUGACACCGCUGGCACUAAAGCAAGCGAUCUUGACCCUUGACGAUUCAGUUCUUACAUUUGAACGCGUUCAAAUUCUCGAAUCGUUGGUGCCGACCCCCGAAGAAGUCGAGCUAGUCAAGGGCUACGAAGGCGACCCUGCGAUUCUUGGGGACACCGAAAAAUUCUUUGUGGCUGUGCUUGACAUUCCCCGGCUCGCCCAGCGCCUCCGCGCCGUCCACACAACAUGGAUUCAUCGAUCCCGUGAAGACGAUGUUCGCGCCAAGGCCAUGGUCCUCGAGAAGGCCGUGUCCGAACUCACGUCAUCGCAUCAUACUGUCGCCGUGCUCGAGAUCAUUCUCGCGGUCGGGAAUUAUCUCAACGGCGGCACCUCGCGCGGCGGUGUGUGGGGCUUCAAGCUCGACAUUUUGCCAAAACUCGCCCAGGUUCCCCAACCUCGAGCUCUCAGAACCCUCAACAUUUUUGGCUUCACCGUUGUCGAGCGCGUAGGUAAAAGCCACGACAUCGAGCGCCAAGUCGCUGCUGCAUGUGAUUGCCGACCUCGUCGUGGCCAAGGCGCCCCAUGCCAGCGCGUUUUACGACUCGCUGCCGUCCAUGGAAGCAGCGGCCGCCAUCUCGCUGACCCAGCUACAGACGGACCUCCGCGGCAUUGAAGCCGCCGUGGCAGUCGUGCAGCAAGAGUUGACGCUGCAGCGCGAUCCAUUCCGCUCGAAGAUGCAGCCGUUCGUCACAACAGCGCAGGCGGACUGUGCUGCGAUCAAGCAGUUGCUGUCGCGUCUGGAUGGCCAGUUUCAGCGAGCGAUACGGUCUUUCGGAGUCGACAAGCCGUCCGAUGGGGACAUGGCGCAGUGGUUCUUUGGGCUAUGGUCGGACUUUUGCAAAGCGUACAAGCAGGCCGUGGCUGAGAACGACCAGCGCCGCAAGGACGCGCUCAAGGCUGCGAUGAAGCCAAAACAGCACCGAUUAUCUGCCGACCUGCCCGAGGACGAUGACUUGUUCAAUCAGUUCUCUGAGUCCCUCGAAGGAGACGCUCGAGACAUCGUGGCCAAGCUUCGGAAACGCCAUCAAGGAGGCGGCUCGGCAAAAGAGCAACAGGCGCCAGCCAAGUCGGCCGUCCUCCAGAGCGAGUUGUCUCUAAAACUGGCGCGCCGGCGGGAGAGUGUGCGCCACAAAAAGUAAACUCCGGGGUCGUGAUAUUACAAUUCAAGACGACGAUAUACUGCCUAUGGUAUACUGAGGUUGGUCGAUAGAUUUGUGUUUAAUUGAGUGAGUAUUGCAUCAUGAACUGGGCAAACUGGUUGCGGCACCCGAGGACGAGGUGGCCCAGGUCGAGCGCAACGACAUCUCCGUAGUGGGCGCCUCCCAUGAUGUAUUUGAGGACGGCAAACAAAUCAACACACAUGGCUUGGACGGCGUGGACGCUGCACGCCACAGCUUUGGCAUCGUCCAGAUCCUUGACGGUGUUCUCAAUGCCGUUGAGGUUCCUUCGAAGGGUCUCGAUGUCGUGUGUGUUGCAUCGCCGACACUUUUUGUCCUGGCAUAUGUCGGCGACCACGUCAAGCAACAGGUACAAAUCUUCCGCCAUCGCCAGGACGGUCGCGAGCAUUUCUUCGAAGUCGUAGUCUGUUAAUGAUCUCGUUCGUUUGACGGGAUACGCUGGCGCGAUGGCGGCGUCUGAUAGUCGGCGCUUCUCGCGCAUGAUCGGGCGCGACUGCUGCAGUGUGGUGGGCAUGGCUAGCUGGACCGGCCCUGUCGCAUGGAGCAUGGUGCAGUCGUGGCGGAAUUGCGGAAUGCCAUCAUCGUGGUCGGU